UUCGCCAAUGUUCACCUUCGCUCUCCGUCUCUCUCGUUCCCUGUUUGGCGAAUGAUUACCAAUAAAGAUUCAGUUCAAACUCAGAUUCUAGAAGCUCGCCAGUUGUUUCCAUUUAGAGCUUAUAAAGAUGUGCAAUUACUCCAUUAUACUGUACCGCCUCAAGUUACUUUUGCCAGCUUUCAGUAUAAAGCUAAUGGGAGUUUCAACUGUCCUGCCAAGACUAUUGCUAUAUACUUGCAGUAUGGCAGCUAUCCAGUUAUGAAUUUGCAGAAUGCUACAUAUCCAGACCAUUUUGCUGUUCAAAGAUUAUAUCUUUAUAAUCUUACAUUGCUUUCUAAUUUUGUUCCUGUAAUGUUAAAUAUCUCAAAUCCUCUUCCUGGAAAUUGGUAUGCUGCUGCAUUUUUAAUUGAAAAUACUGACAGAAUUGCACAAAAGGGUCUCUUUACGCCAUGUCUAAGUUGGUUAUCAUCAUCACUCAAAGUUAAUGUUGUAUCUGAAGUGACUGAUUUAUUACAUCAACAAACCACGGUCCAAAAAGUAAAUGGAAGUCAAAUUUACAGAUUUUUUGGAUCAAAAAAUAGUUGGAUUAGUGAAAUAUCCAUAAAGGAUUGCUUGCCCAAUGAAUUUGGAAAUUGCCCCGCUGUUAUUAGAGCUCGCCAGUUGGGACUGCCAUCAGCAUCUCAUGAAUCUGUAGAAACACAUUGUAAUGACUCUAAUAAUUGCAAUCUUAAGAUUAUUCCAAUAAUAAAUGAUUGGAAUUAUAUUUCAAUUCAUAGUUUAGUUCCGGAACUGAAGUUUAGUUUAACUAUAAAUACUGAAAGUUGUGCUGACUUGCGUUUAUUUGAAGACGAAUCUUUAGAGAACCAAGAAUCUUUUAAUGAGAUAGAUGCUACUGAUGUUGCAAAUUUUAAUGACAAAAAUGAAACAAACAGUUUUAGGGUUAACUCGUGUUGGCUUAAUAUUCCUCUAACUCGUAUCUCGUUACCUACAAAUUUGGCAUUUGAAUAUAAUCUCCCUCCUGAUGAAGAUGAUUCUUAUCCAUUUGUGCUCAACAUUUCCAAUUCCAAGUACACUCUUACAAGUUUUGAAGUGUUUUCAACAGUCGAUAUUGGUGGAACACUUGUCAUUGAAUUAGCAGUUACACCUCUAAUGAACCUUUCACACAUCAAUGUUACUGUACUUGGAUGUUUAUCAUAUGGCAUCAGACCAAGCUUUGAAGAUGUCGAUUGUAUAGAGGGAAGAUCAUUGUCUGUGAAUACUUCAUCAUGGGAACACCGUUUUUCAAAUAUUUUUGUGCCCUACCCUGAAGCAGGAACAUGGUAUCUUCGAUUGAAAACAUUUUGUUAUUCCAUAGAGCCUGGAAAUUCAAGCAUUUCUCCUGCCAUAUGUGACUUACCCAAAACAUCAGUGUUUCUAAGAAUAAGGUCAACACCUUGCAUAUUAGGUCAUUGUGGGUCAUAUGGAACAUGCUAUCAAUAUGUCAGUGGUGGUUUGAUCUUCAGCACUUGCAAUUGUAUAGCUGGUUGGAAAGGCUGGGGCUGUACAGACAACAGUUCUGCUCGAUCUGAUGGAGAGCUCAUUCUUGAUGUUUUGCUACUUACCUUGAGUAACCUCCUCUUCCUACCUGCAAUAGUUCUGAGUAUCUACAGAAAAUAUUUUACUGAGGCAUUUGUGUACUUUGCUACUAUGGUUUCUUCUUCUUUUUAUCAUGCUUGUGAUGCAGAAGUAUAUUCUUACUGUUUAAUACGGUUGAGUGUUCUUCAGUUCUGUGAUUUUUAUUCUGCCAUACUCUCUGUUUGGGUUACAUUGAUUGCAAUGGCAAAAUUGCCAUAUCAAAUGCAGUCAUUUAUCCACAUGGCUGGAGCUGUUGGAGUGGCAUUGGGUGUUGAGUAUGAUAGAACUGGACUAUGGGUCUUUGCAUUGCCUGCUGGUAUGGGCCUUGUAAUUCUCUUGACGUCUUGGGUAACACGUUGCUACAAGAAACGCUUAUGUUACCCAGCUCGUAGAAUCUGGCUUUCUUGCCUACUUCCUGGUGCAGUAUUAGCAACUUCAGGACUGGUUAUUUAUGCAUUUUUUGAAACUAAAGAUAAUUAUCCAUUCGUCCACAGUGCUUGGCAUGCUACUAUUGCAUUAUCCAUUUUGUUUCUGCUCCCGAAAGGUAAAUCAGAUUGUAAAAACACACCCGAACCUACUAGUACAUGUAGUUAUAUAAGAGUUGGAGAUAUCCCUGAUCUUUCACAUCCAGUGGGUACUCCUUAUGCACAAUUGUUAGCUCCAACUCCAUAAUAAACUAACUCUGCAAAUAGUCAUCACUCACAUGUUAAAUUAUGACAUAUGUUUUCAGGCCAUUAUAUUGCUGGUUUUGCUCCAUUUUAAUUAUUAAUGUUUUUUAAAUUUUGUCAUCAAUCACAUUGUUGUGCAUCCUAUUUUUGCAUGAUAAAAAUGUUUAAAAUUAAUGUUGCUUAUCAUAGUCAGAUAUUAAUGUAAAAGAUUCAUUUUUUAAUGAUUGGACAGUUUGACACCCUGUGAAUUUUUCUUUGAUAUUUAUGUAGGCAUUAACUAGUGGACAAAGUUUCCUUUUGAGCUGCUUAAAU